AAAGGGACACACUUGGAAUAAGAGACUAAGAGAGACAUUUACAAAGAGAGAAGGGAGAGAGAGAGAGAGAGAGAGAGAGAGAGAAGUUAUCAAUGCGAGUCAAUUUUUUUGAAAUCUAACAGCUAUAAAUUCUCUGGCUUCCCUCAGUGGAAUUCUAUGAAAUUCGAAACCCAUCUUCGAAAACCUUUUUUCUGCAAAACCCAGAUCUCAAUUUCUCACAAUUUUAUCAUAUUUGCUUCUAUUUGAUCCAUCUCUCCCGUUUUGUGGCCUCUGUUUUUGUCUAAUAAGACGUUAUGUUGUUAUUAACUUCUCUGUUCUAAAUCAGGACUGCAACUUUACGUUUUUGCAGCUUUUCAUUGAUCUUUGUAUAAAUUUCCAUCUUCUGAUGUAAUUGUUUGGUUGUACUAUUUUUUUGGAUUUUUGUUCCCGAACAAAAUUUAUCCAAUCAUAAAACAAUCUCACAAUUCCCUCCAACUUUCUAGGAAAUUUUUUUGUAUCCGACUGUCUCCUUAUCAUUUCUGCCUAUUCUAUCUCGCAAUUUCAUUUUCUUUUCUUUUUUUUUAGCUUCGUCUUUAAUUAUCUAUAAUUUUCAAAUCCACUUCCCCUGUUUCCUCUGUUCAUAAAGUUUUCCAGACCCUUCAAAUUAGCAAUGAAAAUCGCCAAAGACAGAAUCCGCUUCAACGUAGGAGGCAGAAUCUUCGAAACAACCUCCACGACUUUAGCUAAUGCCGGCAGAAACUCAUUUUUCGGUGCAUUUUUUGACGAAAGCUGGGCUUUAAAACAAUCAAUCAAUGACUCAAACCCCAAUACAGAAUUCUUCAUUGAUCGAAACCCGGAUUGUUUCGGUGUCCUCCUCGAUCUCCUACGAACCGGCGAUCUUCACAUCCCUUCUCACAUACCGGAAAGACUCCUUUAUCGAGAAGCCGCAUUUUAUGGGCUUCAGGAUCAUGUAAAAUCAGCCAAAUGGGGCCCAUUUGAUGGAAACCGACUCAGCCAUUGCCGGUCGAUUACUGGCCGGGCACCAGGGGAUGGCACUGCAAUUCGUGCAGGACCUGAUGGUGGGUGUUGUGUAGCUCAUGGUAGUGUGGUGCGCGUUUAUGAUUGGAAGAUGGAAGAACAUCCACCAAUCAAUCUUGAUUAUCAAAGAGUUAAUGAUGUUGCUUGGGUUGAUUCUGAGAAUGUGAUUCUUAGUGCUUGUGAGAGAUUAGGCCGGGGAGACGGAGGAAUGGGGUUGUUCAGUAAGAGUUCAGGUGAGCUUAGGUAUAAAUUUCAGGUUUGUCAUGAGAAUUUAAUUAAGAGUUAUACAGCUGGAGCUUUGAGUACUAGUUCUGAUUAUAGGAUUUUUAGUAGUUGUAAAGGGAGAAGUAAUGAGUAUGGAAUUGGAGUGUGGGAUCAAAUUACUGGUAAACAAAUUGAUUUCUUUUAUGAAAGUCCUGGUUGGUCAUUAGGUGAUGCUGAUAAAUUGCAAUGGUUAAAUGGGAGUAGUUGUUUGUUGGUAGCUACUUUGUUUCCUAGAAAGGAUAAUUGUUAUAUUAGUUUGCUGGACUUUAGACAUAAGAGAAUGGUUUGGUCUUGGUCUGAUAUUGGUGCUCCUAUAACUGUUGAUGAGAAACGGGUUCGUGAUGCUAUAGCUAUGGAGGAUUGUAAUGCUGUUUGUGUAGUGAAUGAGUAUGAGGAUUUAGGGUUUAUGGAUUUGAGGAUGAGUGGAGGGAGUGUUAGGUGGAGCUCAAGAAGUCGAUUAAUGAAAGGGAAAAUGCCUGAUGAACCUUGUUAUCCUAAAUUGGCAUUACAUGAAGGGCAAUUGUUUUCAUCAAUGGAUGAUUGUAUUUCUGUGUUUUGUGGUCCUGAUUGGGUUUUGACAUCUAGGCUUCAACGAAGUUAUGGAGGUUCACUUUGUGAUUUUUCAAUUGGUGGGGAUCGACUCUUUGCACUUCACAGUGACGAAAAUGUCUUUGACAUUUGGGAGACUCCACCUCCACCUAUUUUAUGAUGCAAGUUUUAAGGUGUUCUUGGUUUUGCAGUUAUUGUUUCUAAUCUAUAUGAAUGGUUUUUUCCCCUCUUUAGGUUGUGGAAGAUAUAGCAGGAAUUCUGGUUAAAGAAUAGGGAAACUUAGAUAGUUAGAUAGAUAGAUAUUGAGGGUUUUGUUUGUGUAUAUAUCUUUUUAACUAUCAUAAAAUGCAGAACAAUGAGUUUGAUUGGGGUUUGCCCAUUGUUACAGAAAUGACACUUGGCUGCUUCAAACUAUUGUAAAAGGAAAAGUCUUGAAUAGAUAUUAUUGAAAAUGCAUAGAAUUGUUAUUUAGUGUUAAAGAAAUGGAACUAUGGUGACCUAACCUAGUGACAUUUCUUGUUUGCUUUGUUCAUGGAGAAGAUGCAUAUAAUCAUUGACAGGUUGUGCUUUAACGCA